CUCCCCCCCCCCUUUGUAUAUGUCUGAAGCGAUUGGUUGAGUUCACAUUCUUCCAUUUCAAGCAUUGAAAGAGAAUAUAUCACUGUUUGCGUUAUAGUCUCAAGCAUGAGGAUUGUAGCACUAGCAACUCUCGCAUUCCGGCUCUGCAUCGCCUUUGACCGCCAUGCCUGCCAGUCCAGAACACCCGAUCCGUACCAAGGCUGUCCGAAAGACACCACAAUCCUAGUAGGCCCGACAGCAAGAUUCACGACGGUGCAGUCGGCAAUCUCAAGCCUCCCACACAACAACGCCUCGUACACCAUCCUGAUCCAGCCCGGGAACUACACCGAGCAGCUCAACGUGACCCGAGCCGGUCCACUCACGCUGCUCGGCCAGACCACCUCGUCGCCAGGUGAUCAGUCGACUAACUUGGUCAACAUCAUAUGGCGCCAGGCGACCGGCACGGCGGAGACUGGCACGCUGGAUAAUGCCUUUACGAGUGUCCUGACUGUGGCGCCCACGCUCAACGCCAGCUUGACCGGAUCCGGUCCGACGGGGAAUGCUGUGCCUGCCGAUACACCGUUUGGAAAUCAGGACUUUCGAGUGUACAAUAUCAAUUUCAUCAAUGACUGGCGUCCGUACGCUGCCGGACCUAGCUUAGCCGUGUCCGUCAGCUAUGCAAACACUGGCUUCUAUAACUGCGGGUUCUACAGCUAUCAGGAUACGGUGUAUAUUGGGAAGCUAGGCAAUGCCUACUUCCACUCAUGUGAGAUUGCUGGCCAAACCGACUUCCUGUACGGCUUCGGCACAGCCUGGAUCCAGUCCUCACGUCUCUCGCUGCGGAGCUGCGGUGGUGGCAUCACAGCGUGGAAAGGCACGAACACUACCUUCGUCAACAAAUAUGGUGUCUACAUCCACGACUCGCACGUGGAGAAGGCGAAUUCCAGUCUAAGUAUCUCCGGGAAAUGCGCGCUCGGAAGGCCAUGGGUACGCUCCUUCCGUUCCGGCAACAUUGGGUGCUGUCAAUACGCUGACUGGCCACCGUGACAGAACGCACAACAUCGGUCAAUCUUUGCCAAUUGCUCUCUGGAUGACUCCAUUCAGUCUUCUG